UUGGGGGCGCUGCAGGGAGGGCACCCGAGCGGGUUGGGGGCGCUCGGAAGGGUGGCUUGCAAGGUCCGGGUAGCUGCAGUCCCCGGAGUGGGGCGGAGAGGCGCGACACCGCGCGGACGAGGAUGGGGCGGGGGCGGGCGCAGCCCGAGGGUGCAGGCACGAUAAGGCGGGUGACAGCCAGCGGGGAGGGGCGGGCGCCACCGCGUCCACGCCCUUUGCUCGGGUCCGGGCCGGGAGGGUCCUCGGGCUUUGCGCGCGCCUGGCCGGCGGGCUGAGGCGUACGGGUCGCCCGCAGCGCCAUGCGCGGCCCCCCUGCCUGGCCGCUGCGGCUGCUCGCGCCACCCAGCCCAGCCGAGCCAGGUCGGCUCCUGCCGGUAGCCUGCGUGUGGGCCGCGGCCAGCCGCGUUCCCGGGUCCCUAUCGCCGUUCACUGGCCUGAGGCCGGCGCGGCUAUGGGGCGCGGGGCCCGCGCUGCUCUGGGGCGUUGGAGCCGCGCGCCGCUGGAGGAGCGGCUGCCGGGGCGGGGGUCCGGGCGCCUCGGGGGGCGGCCUGGGCCUCGCGCGGCUCCUGGGGCUGUGGGCUCGGGGCCCCGGCAGCUGCAGGUGCGGGGCUUUUGCCCGGCCAGGCGCUCCUCGCCUCCCGCGCGCCCGGUUCCCGGGCGGUCCCGCAGCCGCUGCCUGGGCAGGGGACGAGGCCUGGCGGCGCGGGCCGGCGGCGCCUCCCGGGGACAAGGGGCGGCUGCGCCCCGCAGCGGCCGGACUCCCGGAGGCCCGGAAGCUCCUGGGGCUGGCGUACCCUGAGCGCCGGAGGCUGGCAGCUGCGGUUGGAUUUCUCACGAUGUCCAGUGUUAUCUCCAUGUCUGCCCCUUUCUUCCUGGGGAAGAUCAUCGAUGUCAUCUAUACCAACCCCACUGUGGACUACAGCGACAACCUGACCCGCCUCUGCCUAGGGCUCAGUGCCGUGUUUCUGUGUGGUGCUGCCGCCAAUGCCAUUCGUGUCUACCUCAUGCAAACUUCAGGCCAGCGCAUUGUGAAUAGGCUGAGAACUUCAUUAUUCUCCUCCAUUCUGAGGCAGGAGGUUGCUUUCUUUGACAAGACUCGCACAGGAGAAUUGAUUAACCGCCUCUCAUCAGACACUGCACUCCUGGGGCGCUCAGUGACUGAAAACCUCUCAGAUGGGCUCAGGGCCGGGGCCCAGGCUUCUGUAGGCAUCAGUAUGAUGUUUUUUGUCUCACCUAAUCUGGCCACCUUUGUUUUGAGCGUGGUGCCUCCAGUGUCAAUCAUUGCUGUAAUUUAUGGGCGAUAUCUACGGAAACUGACCAAAGUCACUCAGGAUUCCCUGGCACAAGCCACUCAGCUAGCUGAGGAACGUAUUGGAAAUGUAAGAACUGUUCGAGCUUUUGGGAAAGAAAUGACUGAAAUAGAGAAAUAUGCCAGCAAAGUGGACCAUGUAAUGCAGUUAGCAAGGAAAGAGGCAUUUGCCCGGGCUGGUUUCUUUGGAGCAACUGGGCUCUCCGGAAACCUGAUCGUGCUUUCUGUCCUGUACAAAGGAGGGCUGCUGAUGGGCAGUGCCCACAUGACCGUGGGUGAACUCUCUUCCUUCCUAAUGUAUGCUUUCUGGGUUGGAAUAAGCAUUGGAGGUCUGAGCUCUUUCUACUCGGAGCUGAUGAAAGGACUGGGUGCAGGGGGGCGCCUCUGGGAGCUCCUGGAGAGAGAGCCCAAGCUGCCUUUUAACGAGGGGGUCAUCUUAAAUGAGAAAAGCUUCCAGGGUGCUUUGGAGUUUAAGAACGUGCAUUUUGCCUAUCCAGCUCGCCCAGAGGUGCCCAUAUUUCAGGAUUUCAGCCUUUCCAUUCCGUCAGGAUCUGUCACGGCACUGGUUGGCCCAAGUGGUUCUGGCAAAUCAACAGUGCUUUCACUCCUGCUGAGGUUGUACGACCCUGCUUCUGGAACUAUUAGUCUUGAUGGCCAUGACAUCCGUCAGCUAAACCCAGUGUGGCUGAGAUCCAAAAUUGGGACAGUGAGUCAGGAACCCAUUUUGUUUUCUUGCUCUAUUGCUGAGAACAUUGCUUAUGGUGCUGAUGACCCUUCCUCUGUGACCGCUGAGGAAAUCCAGAGAGUGGCUGAAGUGGCCAAUGCAGUGGCCUUCAUCCGGAAUUUCCCCCAAGGGUUCAACACUGUGGUUGGAGAAAAGGGUGUUCUCCUCUCAGGUGGGCAGAAACAGCGGAUUGCGAUUGCCCGUGCUCUGCUAAAGAAUCCCAAAAUUCUUCUCCUAGAUGAAGCAACCAGUGCGCUGGAUGCCGAAAAUGAGUACCUUGUUCAAGAAGCUCUAGAUCGACUGAUGGAUGGAAGAACGGUGUUAGUUAUUGCCCAUCGUCUGUCCACCAUUAAGAAUGCUAAUAUGGUUGCUGUUCUUGACCAAGGAAAAAUUACUGAAUAUGGAAAACAUGAAGAGCUGCUUUCAAAACCAAAUGGGAUAUACAGAAAACUAAUGAACAAACAAAGUUUUAUUUCAGUAUAAGGAAGCAAUUACUGGUAAACAAUAUGAGACUUUAAUGCAAAACAGUGUUGCAGAAAAAAAACUCAGACUAUGAAAUACACAAACCAUAUAUCAAGUUUUUUGAAAAAUACCUAUUUUUUUCCAAAGUGUGUAAAAGAUUGUUUUGAAACGUACCUGUUCUCAAGAUCUUUUUAUUCAGAGUUUUAAUAAUUGUAACUUUUUAAAUGUCUAUAGCACUGAAGUUAUUUUCAGGUUUUGUAUUUUCUUUUCUUGUGGAAUAUUUUAAUUAAUAUAGCAUGGCACCUCAUUUUCUUUUGCCUGCUGUUAAAGAUUGAAGCUAUUGUCAAAUGACAACUUUAAAAAGGCAAUUAUAAAUAAAAAGCCUGAUUAUUUUAGGCCAGUUUACCAAUCACUGUGUAAUUCUUCUGGUAGUAUUCUACCUACUUUUAAGUCUAAUUUUACAGAUAGAAUAAUGGAAAUUGAAAAUUUAACCCUUUAUUCCGAUAAUCUCAUGAAGCAAACCUAACUAUUUAACAUCAGCUGGAAAGAAGGGAACAUUUAUAUUGCCCGUCUCCUGUGUCUUCAAAGGUGUGAGAGCUGAGGAAUAUGUGUUCCUAUGGGAACUAUGUUUGAAUAUGUGCAGUUUUCAACAUUUUGGCACAUGAAAGCCUGACAAGUUUUUAAAAGGGCAGAAGCUUUAUUUUUUGAACAGGAAAACAUGUUUUUUAAAUUCACAUGUUUGUAUGAGUACUUUUGCGAAGCAAGGCAUGAACUGCUAGGUAUUAUUAAGAAUGAAUGAUUUUUGCGUUUAAGUUGUUUGAAGGCAUGUAUUUUGAAAAAUAUCUGUUACAAAUUUAUAAUUUCAAGACAAAUUGAAUCUUAUUUUAUCAUACUUUUGGAAUUUCAUUAAUAUAAGGCUAAAAUCUGAGGAAUAUAACUAAUGUUCAGCCUUAAGACAUUUAAGUUUGGAAGUCCUUGCUAUUCAACAGAAUAACAAGAAGACUUCAGAAUGUAUCACUCUCCUGAAAAGAAGAUAUUAAUAAGCCCUUUUAUUUAUGGUUAUAGUUUUAUUUAUAGUCUCAAAAUUCCUAAAGCAAUGCUACAACCAUUGAAUUUGCCAUAUUUUGUAUCAGUGCUGUUAAUUUGCUGUUGCUUCAAGAAAAAGUGCUUUUUCUCCAUGGAUGAGGCUAGACCCUAAGAAGUAAUUAAGUCAAUGUAAAUCAAAUGGAAGUUUUCCCAUGAACUAAGCAUUUAUUAGUUCCCUGAUUAGACUGGAAGAAGAAACCACUAUUUCAUGAAAAGCAUGGAAUAUUAUAUUUUAUUGUUCAUAAUUAAUGAAUAAAAUUGAUAUGAAUGAAUGUAGUGUUCUUUGAAUUAGUAAACAGUACAUCUGUGACAAUCAUUUUUAACAAGCUCUACUUGUGUUCUUUAUAAAGUGAUUUUCAGAAAGCAAACAGAACACAAUUACAAGGUUGAAUCUGAGGAAAAUAAUCCUUGUGCCAUAGAAGUAUUUACGAAAUUGCAUUUCAUUGUUAUGUUUUAUUUUCUGAUACAUGAUGUUCAAUUUUAUCUUUAGGUAAUAUUUUAUAUCAUAGAUUAAAAUUUAUAGUGAACUUUA